AUAAUUAAUAUUUUUAUUACUUUUUUCAAUAUAAACUUUCUAUUUAUGAAUGACUUAACAUGUGUCCUUGGGGCACGAGUUAGCAUUACCCAAUUAAUAAUUAUAAGGCCUUAUUUAUGCCAAAGGAAGAAAAAGUUAUUCACCAGGAGCACACAACUAUGAUUGUAUGAUAUAGGAUUCUUUGCGGUUCCACACUCGCUUUUCCUCUUCUCGGGUCCACUAUGAAUCUAUACAUGGCGUGAUGUCUAUGUAGUUAUGUUUGAUUGAGGAAAAGGAAGUGUUGUUAAAAGGAGAAGGCAUACAUUAGGGGGUAUUUUGUCCUUCUUUCUUAUUGUUUGAAAUGGUAACUUAUGACUAGGGGUGUUUGUUGAAGUCUAAGAAAAACUACAUUUUUUUAGGAAUGAAAUAAUCCUCAAUAAUUUCCAUAUUCUCAUGGUUUUAUUUCCAUGUCGAAAGGUGAAAAAAUAAAUAUAACUACAAUAUUCUUAUGAAUAUGAAACUAAAUUAUAUGUUAAAUGCAUUUAAAAAAACCUAGGAAUUAAAUUUUAAUAUUCUUAUUUUUGGAUAACUUAUUUUUAUUUUUUGAAAACUGGGGAUGAUAUAUUAGAAGGCAGGGCCGUGGUAACCGGCAAUAGGGUCAAGAAUUAAGCAGUAUUGUUCUAACUAAUACAUGCAAAAAUGCAAUGCAAAGACGAAAUUCUGAUGUAAGUCUAGAGUAUUAUUUUUCAUGCAUUCUACCACCGUGACUCUAAUAAAUGAUCUUCAUUUCUCCCAACCAAAAUAGAACUUAAAGUCCAUUAGGUGUCUUUUUACUUACUCUGCUAUUAACACCGCGAACAACUUUGCAGCAAAGAAAUGAAAAACCUGUGAAAGUCUUCCUUAUCCAUCAUGUGACAGCUAUUAAGGCUCAUCUAAUUCCACUUUCCUAAAAUGUUCCAUUACUACCACACCAUGCAAACCGCUCCUAUUCAAUCUAUUCACGUUUCAUUGCCUUUGUCUAUCAAUUUCUCCUCUUUACUAAAGAAAACUCAAAUCCCCAUUUUCAUAAUAUCCAUGCAGAUGCUCCUUAUCUCCUCACUUUUCUCUCAAUACAACUCACAUACUGAUAACAAAAACAAUAAUAAAGGACAUGCCAUUCUUUCUACUCAAGAACUCUUUAGGAGCCAAGAUGAAGAAAGGCAUCAGAACUUUUUGCAACACUGAUGUGUCAACCUCAACUCUUAACCAACAAAAUAGUACUAUUGGCAAUGGCAUAGGCAACCAUAGCCAAGUUGACAUCACAAGUAGCAAGGUAAGCUCCCCCUUUUUGCAAUGUGAAAAUUCAAAUUCAAAGCAAAGCACACCAACACUAGAAGAUCUUAUACUACAAUUAGAAAUGGAGGAAGAGAUGGCAAGGAAAGAAAAACUCAAUGAAUAUAGUGGAAUAAGGGGAAGAAUGUCAAGUGUGAAUAACUCUGACAUAUUAAGAUCUGCAAGGAAUGCUUUGAAUCAAUACCCAAGGUUUUCACUUGAUGGAAGAGAUUCCAUGUAUAGGUCAUCUUUUGGAACGAUAGAAGGAAGAAGAUCAGUUUGUAGUGAGAGAAGUUUAGAACCAAAGGUUGAUGAAAAGGUUGUGUGUUUUCCCACAACAAUUGCAGGGGAGAGUGUAGUUUGGUGUAAACCAGGGGUUGUCGCAAAGUUGAUGGGUUUGGAAGCUAUUCCAGUGCCAGUAAAUAGAAAAAGAUGUGACAACAAAGACAAGAUAAGUAGUGUUGGUUUAAGGAGGCAAAAUAUAAGGAGGAGAUCAUUUGAGAGGCAUGAUUUGGAGAGAAAAUUAGCAAUGGACAUGCAGGGUUAUCGUGAUCAUAUUGUCAGAAGAAGAAAUAGGUCUGGUAUUUGCUCUAACAAUGGAUAUUGUAUUAUGAAACCGGUUUCUCUAGAAGCUAUGGCAGGUGGUCCUGCUAGUUGGCAGCCAAGGAGAUAUGCUUAGGUUUUAGAUUGUUUACUCUAAAACUUGCUAAUGUAGGAAGGACUUUAAUUCUAUUUGGAGUUAUGCUAAUUACAAUGCAUGUAUUGUAAUGCCUCACAAGGCUAAUAAUCACACAAGUUUUAUCAA